AUGUACAGAUGCUGGACUCAGUGGUUUGACAGAGACAAUCCCAGUGGAACUGGAGACUGGGAAACACUGUCCAGUCUUCUUAAAGCGAAUCCAGGAAAGAUCUGCACUCAGCCAAUAGGUGUUGAGGCCAAAACUCUAUCUGGACUCACUGCAGCUGCAGCAGGGGAUGUGAUUUUUAAGAGUGACACUACUUCAGGAUUCGUCUGCAGAAAUAAGGACCAACCCAAGAAGAAAUGGUGCAAUGAUUAUCGUGUUCGUUUCAACUGCCCCCCCUCUUUCUGUAAUCCAGGAUGCUGGACUCAGUGGUUUGACAGAGACAAUCCCAGUGGAACUGGAGACUGGGAAACACUGUCCAGUCUUCUUAAAGCGAAUCCAGGAAAGAUCUGCACUCAGCCAAUAGGUGUUGAGGCCAAAACUCUAUCUGGACUCACUGCAGCUGCAGCAGGGGAUGUGAUUUUUAAGUGA